GGCUUCCUGCUAAAGCAGUCGAAGUGCCCCCACUCGCCGCCCGCGCGCUGCUCGACCCGACCCUGGUCAAAAGGGCGGUGACUCGCCAUGUCGGUGCGCUUGGCCAUUGGCAUUACGGUUUCGGUGCUCGUGGUGCUCAUCGCAUGGGCAUUGUGCACCUAUAAGCGCGAAUGGCUGAAAGAAAUCUUCGGCCUCAAGGGUCCCGGGAAGACGGUGGAUGUGGAGUCAGGUGGAGCGGUUCAGCUGGGCAGGAGCGAUAGUGCAGGUGGCAAGCAGUCGGACGCGCCGGCGUCCAUGAUCGUGGUCGCUGCCGAUGACAGCACACGUGGAGAGCUCAUGGAAUAUCGAGACUUGAAAGAUGCAUGCAACCACUGGUCGGAUGCCAACAUCUUGGGGAAGGGUGCCGCGGCCACGGUCUACCGGGGCUCCUUGACGCGCUUCGGACAGGUGGCCGUGAAGCGCUUCCACCAGACACCCACAGGCGGUAUGGCCUAUAACUUCGACCGAGAAUUGGACGCACUCUGUCAAUGUCGGCACCCACAUGUCUUGGAGAUCUUGGGUCGAGCGACCACAGGUCCCGAGCAGCUCAUCGUGAUGCCGCUCAUGGAGGGCGGCUGCCUCGCGAACGCGCUGCGGAACAUGUCCUGGGCUCCCCGAGCUGAGUGCCUGGGGCAGAUCGUCACGGCCGUGUCCUUCCUCCAUGGAAAGAAGAUGGUCCAUCGUGAUAUCAAGAGUAGUAACAUCCUCCUCGACCGGGUACGCCGACACGCACGCCUAGCGGAUUUUGGGCUCGCGAAGGAUCAGGUGAAGGGCUCUCGCCAUGGCACCACUGGAAUCGUGGUGGGCUCCCCUGGCUACAUGGCUCCCGAGCUCAUGAUGCGCCCGGCCAAUGAGAAGACCGACGCCUUUGCACUCGGCGUCGUGAUUCUGGAGAUCCUCACUGGCCAACCUGCCUGGGAUGAGGGCCGGGAGGCCAUGGCCCUUGGCGAUGCUGCUGUCUCAGAUGGCAUCUUCGACGCCUCCAUGGUCGAUGCGCAAGCCUCCUGGCCGACGCCAGGGGCGCGGUUCAAUGGUGGCAGCUCUGUGGCUUUGUGGACUCUCCAAAACCAUCCAAAGCCUUCACCCGACUCCACCCUAAACCCUAAACCCCAGCUCUGUGGCCAGAAAGAGAUGGGGGGAGUUUCAAGGAAUUCUGCGUUCUAUCUUCACAAGCACCUUUGAGGACUGACCAUCUGGGUUUGUUGUCAAAGCGAAAUGAGAGGACAGACGUUCAGGUCACUAGAUUUAGGUUGAUUGACUACGCGUGUGACACUCCUCUUCUCAACUUGUGAGAGAAGUUACAAGUAUCCGAUCAUUCUUUGACGCUUGGGAUCAUGGAUGGGCCUGAAACAGCCCAAAACCAUGCAAAGCAGACGCGCUGGUCGACGACUGGUUGGUCGUCAUUGAUCGUCCCAUUAUUCCAAUUCUGUUUGUUGAUCGCCACAGAACCGGAUUGGGGGUGAUCGCCAGGGAACCUGUAACAGUUGGAAAGCAAUUGUCACUAUUUUUAGAGAAAGUUCCUUUAAAAUUCACUAACCAUCAUCAUCCACUGUUAAUGGGGAAGAGGAUAAUAUCGUAGAAGAACCGUUGGGUUUCUCUCCCCAGUUCUUGCCUGGCGUGUAUGGAAAAACGUCUCGCUAGGUGCAGGUCCUGGGUGAUUGCGCCGUCGGGCACUUAGGUUUUUCGUGGCGUUCAGACUGGUUCUUUGAGAAAGUUUUCAAGUUGAAGAGAAAGAGGAGGAAGUUGAUCUCAAAAAAGGAAUUCCUAAAUGAUCAAAAGUGAAGGAAGUUGAAGAAUUGAACUGCCACAUAUUGAUUGAGUGAUACCAAGACCCUGUACCUUUCAAUCAAACUAACAUGGUCGGCGGAGAGUUCGUCCAAGAACAGACCAAAGACGCCAGCCAAGACUCUUGACUCUUGAGUGGUUUGCUCUCCAAUGACUCUUCCACGACCUGGGA